AUGGCUUUGAGUCAGACUGUGCAUUUUUAUGACUAUCAUAUAUAUUGUAUACAGAGAGGGAAACUGCAGGCUGAGGCAACGGGUUCCCAAGGACAGAAAAGAAGAGGCAGAAAGAGGAAACAGAGAAGAGGACGUGGUGUCAGAAAUGAGAAGACCGAGGCAAAGGGUGUGAAAAGAGAGCACUCACCUGAGACUGAGGAAGAUGCUGAACCAUCAGAUAAAGAACUUUGGACCUCUGUCAAUGAAAGGACCACUGUCAAUGAUUCUGGUGGAGUCCGUCGUUCUCCUCAUUGUCCAUCAUCUCAUAAAAAUGAGGAGGAAUUGCAACAUCCCAUACAGAACUUUCACUCAGAGGAGCACAGUGGUCAUAUGGCCAAAGUGCAGAACAGAGAGGAACGGUCAGAGAGUGUACCUCAGGACUCUCUAACUCCUGAGCCAUCCAACAGCUCUCACAAAAGAAGCUUUCGCUCAGAGGAGCACAGAGGACAUAUGGCAGAAGGGCAGAACAGAAAAGAACGCUCAGAGAGUGAACCUCAGGACUCUCAAACUCCUGAGCCAUCCAACAGCUCUCACAAAAGAAGCCAACGCGUCAAAGCAUGCUCUUUCUGUGGCAAGACUUUCACUGACACACUGGGCUUGACAAGACACAUGCGAUCUCACAUUGAGCAGAUGUCACACCAAUGCACCCAGUGUGGGAUAGAUUUUGAAUUCAGUGAGGACUUAGAGGAACACCAGAAGAGUAGCUGUGAGGAGAAGAAGACUGAGGAUGGAGGGAACAAUAACGAGAAUGGCGAGGACGAUGGGGAUGACUACUGUGGAGAAAGUGUCCAGCAAAAAACUGAAUUGAAAAAAAAUAGUGAUCUGCAAGGAGACCUAAAACAACAUGUGAAAGGAGACAUGCAAGACUGCCCCAUAAAGUGCCAUGUGUGCGGGAAAAUAACUACUCGUAUGCUGGGUUUGCGAAGGCACCUUCUCAUUCACUUCAACAAUGGAGCAUACAAGUGCUCUGCAUGUCCAAAGACUUUUAUAUCAAAUGCUGAUUUGAGAUCGCACCUGAGAUCAAAAAGAUCUUGCAGGGAGAAAUGUUCUGAUGAAGUAAUUACUCCCGGGCUCCACCUCAAAUCUGUCCCUGGUGAGUACAAGUGUCCUUACUGUGGGGACACUUUCCAGCUCCCAGAUGAUCUGAGAGGACACACAAAAGACUGUUCCAGAAAGUGCCAUGUGUGUGGGAAAACUACUGCUCGAAUGCUGGAUAUGCGAAGGCACAUGUUAAAGCACAACAACAAUGGCCCCUACAAGUGCCCGGUGUGUCCAAGGACGUUUCUAUUCCAUACUGAUUUGAAGACGCACCUGAAAAUAAAAAUACUUUGUCGGCAGAAAUGUUCUGAUGUGAUGGCGAAGGAGUUACUGUCUUCCGUAGAUGGUAGAUCUAGUCGUUUCUUUCAUGAAACAGGUGUCAUGAGAAGGUGCCAACAACCAAGCUUGAGCAACACAGGUGGGCCUUCAACGAUCGGGCCUGUGUUGGGCUUGAAGAGCUUUGAAGAGUUCGUUGAAGAGCUCUCUCAUGACUCCGACAUCAGCAUGAGCAGCGAUGUUAAUCUGAAUAGCCUCCACGAAGACUACAGUCAGCAGGUCAGUCAAUACCAACCCAUAAAGGAGAUUGAUCAAUCCAACCCGGGUGAAUACAAGUGUCCUCACUGUGGGGACACUUUCCAGUUCCCACAUGAUCUGAAAGGACACACAAAAGACUGUUCCAGAAAGUGCCAUGUUUGUGGGAAAACAACUUCGAAGACAUGUGACAUGCGAAGGCACAUGUUAAAACACUACGAUGGCCCCAUCAAGUGCCCGGCGUGUCCGAAGAGUUUUAUGUUCCAUACUGAUUUGAAGAAGCACCUGAAAACGAAAAGACUUUGUAGGGAGAAAUGUUCUGAUGUGAUGGUAAAGGAACUACUGUCUACAGUCGAUGGUAGAUGUAGGAAAAACGUCAGUGAAACAGGAGUCAUGACAAGGUGCCAACAAUCAAACAGUUUGAAGAGCUAUGAAGAGCUCCCUCGUGACUCAGAUAAGAGCAUGAGUAGUGGUGUGAACCUCUAUAGCCUCCACGAAGACUACAGUGAUGAGAUCAGUCAAUACCAACCCAUGAAGGAUGUUGACCUGAAUAGCCUCCGCGAAGACUACUGUGAUGAGAUCAGUCAAUGCCAACACAUUAAGGACAUUGACGCAGAUGAGGACGAUAAGUCUUUGGAAGAUUCAGGGGCGAAUGAGAUGCCCAAUUGUCACACCCUGGACGAGAGGGGCUGUGACUAAACUCAGUCAGUAUCAUAGAUCAGACGACACCACCCUAUGUUUACAGUAAGAAUAGGGUGCUCUGAAGCACAGUUCUACCGUUAGACAACACCGGUUCUUUUAGUUUGGGUUUAAGUAGAAGAACAUGGAAGAGUGGUCAAUCUCAGUUUCUGUGAACCACAUUAGCAUAAGCUUUUGUUCGGCACAAGAUGGAGGAUACACCAUAAAACGAGUAACGCCAUCACGUAACAAAAACAGGGUUCAGUUCAGGUGGAAGUAAAGCAUUGCAACAAGGUAAUACUUCUCUUAGUAAAACCAGAGCUUCCCGAAGGAGCUCUGCCAAAGCUUCAACACAAACACAGCUUCCCUCGCACCUGCACCUCCCCCAAGGCGGCCACACCCCAAACAGAAAGGGUUAUAAUGGGGCGGGGAAACACAGGGAGACAAUCGCAUCUUUCAUUUAAUCACGGAGUUAACAAAUACUAAAUUAGGAGCACCUCGGCCAAAGCAUGCAUAGUAUAGGGCAUUCGUCACACCUGUGACACAAUGACAAAGAACCAAACUCGACCAAAGGCUUAACAGGGAAACACUGACCCAAGCCCUCUCCAGGAUUCAAUCUGAGAGAAGAAUGAGAUACAGGUGAUACCAACCUGGUCUCAGUAUUUCGUAUUAUUCUUUAUGUAAAUUUCGAUACACCCCAUUUAGUAUGAUAUGUUACAUUUCGAAUGGUAUUUACAGUUGAAGUCGGAAGUUACACUUAGGUUGGAGUCAUUAAAACUAGUUUUUCAACCACUCCAUAAUUUCUUGUUAACAAACUAUAGUUUUGGCAAGUCGGUUAGGACAUCUACUUUGUGCAUGACACAAGUAAUUUUUCCAACAAUUGUUUACAGACAGAUUAUUUAACUUAUAAUUCACAGUAUCACAAUUCCAGUGGGUCAGAAGUUUACACACACUAAGUUGACUGUGCCUUUAAACAGCUUGGAAAAUUCCAGAAAAUGAUGUCAUGGCUUUAGAAGCUUCUGAUAGACUAAUUGACAUCAUUUGUGUCAAUUGAAGGUGUACCUGUGAAUGUAUUUCAAGGCCUACCUUCAAACUCAGUGCCUCUUUGCUUGACAUCAUGGGAAAAUCAAAAGAAAUCAGCCAAGAUAAAAUUGUAGACCUCCACAAGUCGGGUUCAUCUUUGGGAGCAAUUUCCAAAUGCCUGAAGGUACCACGUUCAUCUGUACAAACAAUAGUACGCAAGUAUAAACACCAUGGGACCAUACAGCCGCCAUACCGCUCAGGAAGGAGACGCGUUCUGUCUCCUAGAGAUGAAUGCACUUUGGAGCGAAAAUUGCAAAUCAAUCACAGAACAACAGCAAAGGACAUUGUGUAGAUGCUGGAGGAAACCGGUACAAAAGUAUCUGUAUCCACAGUAAAACGAGUCCUAUAUCAACAUAACCUGAAUGGCCGCUCAGCAAGGAAGAAGCCACUGCUCCAAAACCGCCAUAAAAAAGCCAGACUACUGUUUGCAACUGCACAUGGGGACAAAGAUCGUACUUUUUGGAGUACGAUAUCCUCUGGUCCGAUGAAACAAAAAUAGAACUGUUUGGCCAUAAUGACCAUUGUUAUGUUUGGAGGAAAAAGGGGGAGGCUUGCAAGCCGAAGAACACUAUCCCAACUAUGAAGCAUAACAUUCCAACCGUGAAGCACGGGGGUGGCAGCAUCAUGUUGUGGGGGUGUUUUGCUGCAGGAGGGACUGGUGCACUUCACACAAAAAAUAGCAUCAUGAGAAAGGAAAAUUACGUGGAUAUAUUGAAGCAACAUCUCAAGAUAUCAGUCAGGAAGUUAAAGCUUGGUCGCAAAUGGGUCUUCCAAAUGGACAAUGACCCCAAGCAUACUUCCAAAGGUGUGGCAAAAUGGCUUAAGGACAACAAAGUCAAGGUAUUGGAGUGGCCAUCACAAAGCCCUGACCUCAAUCCUAUAGAAAAUUUGUGGGCAGAACUGAAAAAGCGUGUGCAAGCAAGGAAGCCUACAAACCUAACUCAGUUUCACCAGCUCUGUCAGGAGGAAUGGGCCAAAAUUCAGCCAACUUAUUGUGGGAAGCUUGUGGAAGGCUACCCAAAACGUUUGACCCUAGUUAAUUUUAAAAGGCAAUGCUACCAAAUACUAAUUGAGUGUAUGUAAACUUCUGACCCACUGGGAAUGUGAUGAAAGAAAUCAAAUCUGAAAAAAAUAAUUCUCUCUACUAUUAUUCUGACACUUCACAUUCUUAAAAUGAAGAGGUGAUCCUAACUGACCUAAAACAGUGACUAGGACUAGGAUUAUAUGUCAGGAAUUGUGAAAAACUGAGUUUAAAUGUAUUUGGCUGAGGUGUAUGUAAACUUCCGACUUCAACUGUAUUUGUGAAUGUCCGUCAUCCAUUUCAUAUGAUAUGUUACAAAUAACAAUUUGUAUAUGUUAUGGAUUUGCAAAACUUAAAAUAUAUUUAACAAAUUUGCAAAAUGUACAAUAUGUUAUGAAUUUGCAAAACAGAUGAUAUGUUACGAAUUCCAAUUUGUUGUGGCUGACAUUAGCUCGGUGACUAAUGCUAAUGUUUGCUAGCUGGAAAACGUUAGCUAGGCUAGGCUAGGGUUUAGGAGUUAGGUUAAAGGGUUAAGUUUAGGGUUAGCUAACAUGCAAAGUAGCUAAAAAGUAGUAAGUAGAUGAAAAGUUGCCAAAAUGCUAAACUUAUCCAUGAUGAUAUUCAAACAUGCAAUCUUUGGGUUGCUAGACGUUUGCGUUAUACGCCCAUCCAACCAUCCUUCUUCAAGUAAUCUUCUGUCUUACGAAACCAUGCCAAAACCUUAAUUUCAGGGUUACAGAUGUACAUUUAUUAUGUUAUGUCUAGUCUAUGAGACCAGGCUGCUGAUACCAGUAACUACAGUAGUAGUAGUUAGUAACUAAAGGCACAAUCAUUUGAGGUUGGCAUAUAUUAUUUUU